AUGACGGAUGUUUGGGUGUCCAGAAAGCGUUGGACAUGUAAAUACUGCAACGUCACUAUUAACGAUGACGUUCCGUCGCGUAGGCAUCAUGAAAGUGGGAGUCGUCACAAGAAAAAUGUGGCACAGGCGCUUGAUCACUUACACAAAGUGAAAGACGAAAAGCGUCGCAAGGACUUGCAAACCCAGUCGGAGAUCCAGCGAAUCGAGUCAGCAGCGAAACGGGACUUUCAAAGAUACGACAUAGGAGAGCACCAGAAUCAGCAGGUGCCAGUAGAGCAAAGCAAAGCUGCCUCUGUGCCGAACUCCUCAAUUUUGAAGCCCUGGAAACCACUUGACAAGUUCUCAGCAUACACAACAGCCGAUUCUCUUGGCAUUUCUCAUGAACUGGAGACGCAAUGGAAUGAUCGAAGAGCAAGAACGUCGAUGGUUGCAGAGCCUGGAGAAUGGAAGGAUGUAACAAAUUCAACGGAAAAUUCAACGCAGGUACCAUCAACAGCGACCUCUUUUGGGCAAAAUUCGGCAAAUCGUAUGGAUUCAAUAAAAGUGACUUCUGAUGGAGACAAAGCUCGGGCGUUCAAUAUUAGAGAACGCACUAUGGAGGACACAGGCGAGGAAAAGCGUCCUGUAAGUGAAGGUUAUGAGGAUGUGCCAGUGAUAGUGAAACGGCCUCGUCACCAUGCUGUUUACGACGCGGACACUGAAGCCAAGCUCACAUUGACUGCUAAGCAGACCGCCGCCCCAUCGCUGCAUGCAUCAUCAUCGGAUAAAGAUACCCCAAUGGAACCAUAUUCAACCACUACAACAAACGAGAUCCCAUCGGAAGAGGCGACGCUUUUCCGGAAACGUAAGUCGCGCGGUGGCACAGGUAAGAAAGUGUGGGGUGCGGCGUUUACGUAG